UGUGCCUAGCUAUGAGGAGACAUCAGAUUCAUACUCAUGUAUGAUAUGUGGGGUGGAUGGAGCACGAACUGUCAGAAAGCUGCAGAGAAAUGCAUCGACUUCGAUGUGAUUAACAAUGGCUUCAGCGGAGGCUUAUAUAGUUUGAUCUGUUCAAUACACACUCUGAUCAGCUUCGUUGACUUUGUUUCUUUAUUUUCAUCUUCUUGAUACAAUAUAUUACUCACUCAGUGCCUGCCUGAUCGACCUAAAGCAUCAAAACCACAUAUUAAUGUACAUGUAACGUUACAAUUAGUCAAAUAAGAUUCUUUGUAUUAAAAAUAUUCCAAGGAGACACGGAAACAUAAGUAAGUGGGAAACAACAUUCGAAACAGCAGCUUAUAGAAUUAGUCUUGCAACCAAACAUAGACAACUAAUGGCUCUCACCAAAACACAAAACUUAGAUUAAUCUGAGAUAUGCCCCCGACCAUAAACUAGAACCGGCGAAACUGAAAUAUAAUUCGUAUAUAUAUAAAUAUAUCAAAGAAAGUCGCAGACAACACACACGUUUGCAAACAAAACAAAAGAUCAAACUCCAACGUGCGUUCCAUUAGUGUCUAAAGUCUAAACAUUGUAUAAAGAUUUGAUCAUUAGUCUAAAUACUCAUUCCAACCCAAGAAAAAGUUUUCGUUUUAUUUUUUUCUUUUAUUGUAAAAUGGCAACACCACCGUUAACACCAAGGAUGCUAACACCAACAACACUAUCACCUCUCGGCAGCCCACGCGCCAAAAAAUCAACUGCCACCGUAAUGCCUGAGAUCACACUCGAGCAGCCCUCAAGCAAGACCAACAAAUCCCCUGGCUCCAAAUCGACAAAACUCUUCCGCCGCGUCCGCUCCGCCUUCCGCUCCCUCCCCAUCAUGUCCCCGAUGUGCAAACUCCCCAUGGGAGGCGCGCGUCUCCACGAGAACCACGUCCACGGAGGGACGCGCGUCACGGGGACGCUCUUCGGGUACCGCAAAACGCGCGUGAACCUGGCGGUCCAGGAGAACCCGAGGUCACUCCCGAUCCUCCUCCUGGAGCUGGCUAUCCCCACGGGGAAGCUGCUCCAGGAUCUUGGCGUUGGACUCGUGAGGAUCGCGCUAGAGUGCGAGAAGAAGCCGAGCGAGAAGACGAAGAUUGUUGACGAGCCGAUAUGGGCGUUGUACUGUAACGGGAAGAAGUCCGGGUACGGGGUGAAGAGGGAGCCCACGGAGGAGGAUUUGGUUGUGAUGCAGAUGCUUCAUGCUGUUUCGAUGGGAGCUGGUGUGUUGCCGGUGACUAGUGGAGGAGGAGGGGGAGGAGAAGGUGAUUUGACUUAUAUGAGAGCGCAUUUUGAGAGAGUUAUAGGGUCGAGAGACUCGGAGACUUAUUACAUGAUGAACCCUGAUGGUAACAGUGGUCCUGAGCUCAGUAUCUUCUUCGUUCGGGUUUAAUAACGCGGCCGUUUUAGUGAGUUCUCAUUAAUCAUUUUUAUAUGCUCUCUUUUCUUCUUUUUUUUGCUUUGUUUUUUAACUUUGGUAAUCACUUGAAAUGGUUAAUUGGUGAUGUAAAGACAUGAAUGCAUACUACAUUUUCUAUGGCUGUAAGCCUGUAAGGGAAAGGCAAAUGAGAGUAGAUAUGAUCACGUAAUUUAAUGUAUAUCUACAUCGAAAUGUCAUUGGUGUUUUUAGCU